AUGGCGAAUUGCGCAAAUUUUAUGCGGGUGAUUUGCUUAGAAAAAUGUUGGAAGGCGUCCCGCGGAAAAGAAUGAAUUCGGCGGAAGUCGUGGAACAACUGGAAUCCAUCAAGAAAAAACUGAAAAAGAAAGAAGAAGAAUUUCUUCAACUUUGUGCUGCUGACUCUUCGCCUGAUUCAUUAGAAAGAAUGAACGACUUCAUUCGCCUUGGAAUCAAUUUGAGUGCAAAGGACGAUGAUGGACGGAAUGCGCUCCAUUAUUUGUGUCAAUCAAAUUCAAGCCCAAAGUUAAUUGUCGCCAUUCAACUCUUAAUCCAAAAGGGAAUUGAUGUGAACGCAAAGGACAAAUCGGGAAAGAAUGCGCUACAUCAUUUGUGUAUAUCAAAUUCAAGCCCAAAUUUAAUUAAUGCCAUUCAACUUUUAAUCCAACUGGGAAUUGACGUGAAUGCAAAGGACAAUGAUAAAAAGAAUGCGCUCCAUUAUUUGUGUGGAUCAAAUUCAAACCCGAAUUUAAUUGACGCCAUUCAACUCUUAAUCCGACUGGGAAUUGAUGUCAAUGCAAAGGGCAAUUGGGGAAGGAAUGCGCUUCAUCAUUUGUGUAAAUCAAAUUCAAGUCCAACUUUAAUUGACGCCAUUCAACUCUUAAUCCCACUGGGAAUUGAUGUGAAUGCAAAGAACGAAUGGGGAAAGAAUGCGCUCCAUUAUUUGUGUAAAUCAAAUUCAAGUCCAACUUUAAUUGACGCCAUUCAACUCUUAAUCCCACUGGGAAUUGAUGUGAAUGAAAAGGACUUAACUGGAAGGAAUGCGCUCCAUUAUUUGUGUAAAUCAAAUUCAAGCCCAAAUUUAUUUGACGCAAUGCAACUUUUAAUCCAACUGGGAAUUGACGUGAAUGCAAAGGACAAUGAUAAUAAGAAUGCGCUCCAUUAUUUGUGUGAAUCAAAUUCAAGCCCGAAUUUAAUUGACGCCAUUCAACUCUUAAUCCAACUGGGAAUUUAUGUGAAUGCAAAGGACAAAGAUGGAAAGAAUGCGCUCCAUUAUUUGUGUGAAUCAAAUUUAAGCCCCAAUUUAAUUGACGCCAUUCAACUCUUAAUCCCACUGGGAAUUGAUGUGAAUGCAAAGGACGAAAAAAGAAGGAAUGCGCUCCAUUAUUUGUGUGGAUGGAAUUCAAGCCCAAAUUUAAUUGACGCCAUUCAACUCUUAAUCCCACUGGGAAUUGAUGUGAAUGCAAAGGACUUAAUGGAAAGAAUGCGCUCCAUUAUUUGUGUGAAUCAAAUUCAAGUCCAACUUUAAUUGACGCCAUUCAACUCUUAAUCCCACUGGGAAUUGAUGUGAAUGCAAAGGACUUAACUGGAAGGAAUGCGCUCCAUUAUUUGUGGGAAUCAAAUUCAAGCCCAAAUUUAUUUGACGCAAUGCAACUUUUAAUCCAACUAGGAAUUGAUGUGAAUGCAAAGGACAAUGAUAAAAAGAAUGCGCUCCAUUAUUUGUGUGAAUCAAAUCCAAGCCCAAAUUUAAUUGACGCCAUUCAACUCUUAAUCCAACUGGGAAUUGAUGUGAAUGCAAAGGACAAUGAUGGAAGGAAUGCGCUCCAUUAUUUGUGCAGAUCAAAUUCAAUCACAAAUUUAAUUGAGGCCAUUCAACUCUUAAUCCAACUGGGAAUUGAUGUCAAUGCAAAGGACAUAUAUGGACGGAAUGCUCGAACUCUUUUACGCUAUAACUAUAAGAUUAGCAACAAGGAUGAAAUCCAAAAACUACUCGACGCAGCACUUGUUGUUUGAAUCACUCCUUUCUAGGCGAUGGAAUGCACUUCGACGACGAAGAAUGAAUAUAAAGCGCCUGUCGCAUACUCGGAAUUAUUUUGCCAUUUACCCCUUGAAAACUCAAAUUUUCCGCUUUCUUGGCUGUAUUGCUCAGGCCGACGGACUUUCAAAAAUAAAAAAAAUGACUGCAUCGCCAAAGCGUCUUGUCAAUUGAUUAUCCCUUUAGCCAUGUUGAUUCCUACUCAUUCGACAAUUUAAAAAUUCUAUGUG